CAGGGGUGUCAAACUGGCGGCCCUCCAGCUGUUGCGAAACUACAAGUCCCAUCAUGCCUCUGCCUUUGGGAGCCAUGCUUGUAACUGUCAGUCAUGCAAUGCCUCAUGGGACUUGUAGUUUCGCAAAAAGCUGGGGCCGCCAGUUUGACACCUGUGGCUUAGACCACAGGGGUGUCAAACUGGCGGCCCUCCAGCUGUUGCGAAACUACAAGUCCCAUCAUGCCUCUGCCUUUGGGAGCCAUGCUUGUAACUGUCAGUCAUGCAAUGCCUCAUGGGACUUGUAGUUUCGCAAAAAGCUGGGGCCGCCAGUUUGACACCUGUGGCUUAGAUAGAGGUGUCAACUGGCGGCCCUCCAG